UGGCUCCACCGGGUUAGCCGUGGCGCCUCUCGUCCUCUCGGUGCGAUGUCAGAGUACAAAAGGAAACGCCGAUGAUAUCCAGAAUUUCUAUCAGCUGUUGUGCAGUAAAGCAAUUUUUUUCUCUUUCUUUUUUUUUUUUUCGUGUGGGAGAGGAAUUUUCCGCGUUCGUUUGUGUUCCUUUCCUACAUUUCUGGGAGCUUCGGGCAUUGUUGCUAAUAAUCGGUUGAUUAGGUACAAUUAGGAAAAAUAAAAAAUAAAAAUGUUUGGGUUUAGGAAAUCAGCACCUCCAGCCCCUACUGCUUCAGAAGCUGAAUCAGAUGCUAAGAAACAGGAUGACGACGACAAUUUUGGGAAAGGCUCAUCCUCUGCAGCGUCGAGGAACAAGAACAAGAAAGAUCUGGACAGCAUGUCUGUCCAGGAGCUAGAAAACUAUGCUGUGGAUCAGGCUGAAGAGACUACAAAAUCGGUGAACAAUUGCUUGAAGAUUGCCGAGGAUAUCCGAGGGGAUGCCACCAAGACGCUCGAAACCUUGCAUAAGCAGGGCGAGCAAAUUCAUCGAACUCAUGAAAUGGCAGCAAAUAUGGAGAAGGAUCUCAGUACGGGUGAGAAAUUGUUGAACAAUCUCGGAGGCAUGUUUUCGAUGCCAUGGAAGCCAAAGAAGACGAAGACCAUCACCGGCCCGAAAAUCAAUCCUAAUGACAACAACAGGGAAAAGGCAGCCACGGCGGAGCAAAAAGAAAAGUUAGGAACAGGACAGAAGGCUAAAGCUCGUGGCAGCCGUCAAGAACCAACAAAUGCUAUGGACAAAGUCGAGCUCGAGAAAUCAAAACAAGAUGAUGCACUUGAUGACCUUGGCGAUAUAUUAGGCGAUCUCAGGGGCAUGGCUGUUGAAAUGGGAACCGAACUCGACAGGCAAAACCAAGCUCUGGAUGAUCUUCACGGCGACAUCGACGAGUUGAAUUCUCGAGUGAAAGGGGCGACUCGACGUGCACAACAGUUGGCCAAGUAAAUGAAAUAAAACGUAUGUUAUGUAUCGAUUUGUUGUAAUAAUAGCCGAGUUUUCUACCGAUUCAUGUUGUAAUAUUUCUACACUUCUCAUUUAAUCAAAUAACAAGUGUAUAUAUAUAUAUAAUUUAUAUUAAUAUAAUACAAAUAA